CAGCAGCCUGAAAGGCAGUCCGACCACAUCUUGGUCUCGCCCACUUGGGUCUUUGUCGUCCGCAUCUUCCAGAUUCUCAUCUCGCUCGUCAUCCUCGCUCUGGCUGCUCGGUUGAUGCACGAUGCGUACCUCGACGAAGAAGGUCUCGCCCUGGCCAUUGCCAUCAUCACUUGGAUCGUCACCAUGUACGCCAUCCUGAGCGAAAAAGUCCCAACGCUGCACCACAUCUACCACGUCGUCGCCGUCAUCGUCCUCGACGGUGUCAUGAUGAUCCUCUGGCUCGCGACCUUUGCCGCUGUCGCCGCCAAGCGCGCCAAGUUCGUCUACAACGUCUCCGUCGACGCGUGUUUCGACGAUGGCAGCCUGUUCAACAGCAAGACGUGCUUCAAGAAGCGCGACGUCAUCCUCUUCAAGUCCGGCGGUGACAUGCUCGCUGCCAUUGCAGGCCUUGGCGCCUUGGUCUGGCUUCUCUUCAUCGCCAGCUUCGCCUGGACUCUGCAUGGCUUCCUCAUGGGCCGCAGGGACGGCCGCUUCUUGUUCGACACCGAAGCUGCCCCUACCCAGCAGACCUUCGUCAUGGAGCCCAAGCAGGAUCAGGCUCAGCAGCAGCAGCAAACCCUCAUCCCGCCUCAGAACACGGCUCAGCCCAACACCCAGUACCCCCCGCAGGGUCAAUACCCGCAGGAUCAGUAUCCUCCUCAGACCACCAGCCCUUACCCGCCGGCCCAGUCUCCCUACCAGCCGCAGACUGCCUACUCUCCUCCUCCUCCUCAGGACCCGCAGGCAUAUGGCCAGUACCCUCCUCAGCAGUACCACGAGGCCCCUUCCCACCACACAACCUCGCCUCCUCCCCAGCAG